ACAGACUCAAAGAUGGCAUUUCUUCUUCUCCUGGUGAUGCUGACAGCAUGUGCUGCAAGUCCUGAAGAUUUGUCUGGUAAAAUGUUCGUCUUCCCAGAAGAAACCAGUACAGCUAAUGUGAGAUUGACAACAUCAGCACACAGUUUCAGUGCUGCAACUGUCUGUCUCAGAUCCAUUACAGACCUCAGCUGAAACCACGCGCUAUUCUCACUGUCCAUAUCCUCUGCUCACAAUGCCUUCCUGAUAUUCAAACCUACUAGUGAUGUGAUUCAAGUCCAUGUCCAGAAUGAAAAGACAGGAUUUGGAGCGCUGGACUACAAACUGAACGCUUGGCAGUCUAUUUGUUCUACAUGGGACUCUGAUUCUGGUCUGGUGCAGCUGUGGUUAGAUGGAAAGCCUACAAUUAAGAAAUUUGCUGGUGGAUCAGAAAUCAAACACCCCAUUGUUAUCCUCGGACAAGACCAGGAUAACCAUGGCGGGAGUUUUGACAGUAAGCAGUCUUUUGUUGGCAUGAUGUCUGAUGUCCACAUGUGGAACUACGUCCUUUCACCCUGUGAGAUCAAGCACUACGUGGAUGAUCUAAACUUCACCCCAGGGAAUUUGAUCAACUGGAGGGCGCUGGAGUACAAUUCCAUUGGAAGAGUGCUGACAGAAAACAAACAAACACCAUGUGACAUGCCCACAAAAUGCAAGGAGUAAAUUUAAAAAGGUCUUUUCUUUUGAAUAUGAAAUGCAAAUGCUAUGUUGACUUAAAGAGUAGCUUUAAACAGUCUGUAGCUUUGUCUUUGGGAAGAGCAAGGGUUUUAAUCAACUUGAAUACAAAUGUUAUAUGUUUUACAAAUUACAAUCCAUCUUUUGAUCGCCAUCUUCAAUUUAAUGUAUGUUAUUAACUGUGCAAAUACUACAUGUAAUUAUGUGGCAUUUGUGAUAUAUUUUGGGUCUGCCUUGUCUACUGUUUUUUGGGUGAUGUUCUUCUUGACAGUUCAUUAAAAUUGGCACAUUUUGCA